AUGGAGGAGGAACUCGCCCAAUUAAGAGACAUGAUCAAACAGCUGCAGGCCGAGAACCAGCAGAUGCGUCAGGAGCGAGAGGUCAACCAGCCUGAGACCAGCCCUGACCCCAAUUCAGCAGGCUCUUCAUCGAUGUCACCAGGUAUCCUGAGUUAUGCCCACCUUGUUGGCUCACCCGAAGGCCUUGAGGAGAGGGAGAUAUCGGCGACAGUUUCUUCCCAGACUGUAACCCGUUCAGCUCAGGAACAGAUUGCAGCAAUUGAUCUAGCAGCACUUGCAGAAAAGGAUCAGUGUCAGGUAAAGUCUUUACUGAACAAGUACAUUGGAGUCUUUUCAGCUUAUGAAGGAGAUAUAGGUUGCACUAAUCUUAUUUCCCAUGAAAUUCCCUUAGUGGAUGAGGUACCAAUACGUCAGAGGUAUAGGCGUAUUCCCCCUUCAGAGUAUGAGGCAGUAAAGGCACACAUCCACCAGCUCCUUGAGUCACAGGUUAUCCGGAAAAGUUGUAGUCCCUUUGCCUCUCCCAUUGUGCUGGUAAAGAAAAAGGAUGGCAGCCUUCGACUCUGUGUGGACUACCGGCUUUUGAACAGCAAGACUCGGAAGGAUGCCUUUCCUUUGCCCCGUAUUGAAGAGUCCCUUGAUGCCCUGUCAGGAGCCUGCUGGUUCUCCACCCUGGACCUAGCAGCGGGGUACCACCAAGUACCAGUCUCAGAAAAGGACAAAUCCAAGACUGCAUUCUGCACCCCAUUUGGGCUGUUCGAGUGGAACCGGAUGCCAUUCGGCCUUUGCAACGCCCCAAGUACCUUCCAGAGACUAAUGGAAAGGAUCUUUGGAGAUCAGCAUUGUCAGUCAUUGUUACUGUAUUUGGAUGACAUUGUUGUAUUUCCUAACACUGUAGCAGAGCAUGUGGAGCGACUGGAAGCUGUACUGAGCCAUCUACAGCAUGAGGGUCUGAAAGCCAAGCUGCAAAAAUGUUCUUUCUUCAGACCAGAGGUGAGCUACUUGGGCCAUGUGAUAUCCAGAGAAGGUGUGUCAACCGCCCCUGGGAAAAUAGAAGUGGUAUCCAAGUGGCAGCGACCCAACAAUGGGUCAGAGUUGCGUUCUUUUCUAGGAUUCUCGAGCUACUACAGAUGCUUCAUUGAGGGGUUUGCCAAAAUAGCGUCUCCAUUACAUCGUUUGGUUGCUGAACUCACUGGCACUAAAUCACGGAAACCAUCAGGUAAAACACUAACUGAUGAAUGGACAGAGGAGUGUGAGCAGUGCUUUGAGGACCUAAAAAGUAGGUUGGUGGCUGCUCCAGUAUUGGCCUAUGCUAACUUCGCUCUGCCUUUCAUUCUAGAGAUUGAUGCCAGCUUCAGGGGACUGGGUGCCGUGCUCUCUCAGGAACAGGACCGAAAGGUCAGACCUGUAGCUUAUGCUAGUCAUGGCCUUAGGCCUACAGAAUGUAACAUGAGCAACUACAGUUCCAUGAAACUGGAAUUCCUGGGCCUUAAGUGGGCCAUGACUGAGAAGUUCAGAGAGUAUCUGCUGGGACAGAAAUGUGUUGUGUACACAGACAAUAACCCUCUGAGUCAUCUUUCCACAGCAAAGUUGGGCGCUACGGAACAGCGUUGGGCUGCACAACAUGCUGCAUUUGACUUUACAAUCAAAUACAGGCCUGGUCGCAUUAAUCAAAAUGCAGAUGCUCUUUCCCGACAGCAACCAGCCAGUUCAAAUGGAUUAGACCAUCUAACCUCUGGCACCCCUGUUCCAGCACUGCAGCAACAAACUAGAGACGCUAAUCAAGCGAUCCAAGCUACUCAGUCCACCAUUGCAGUUUUUCCUUGUCAUACUCUGUCAGACCUAAAUGUUUUACAGGAAGGUGACCCUACCAUCAAGGAAUUCCUUAAAUUCUGGACCAGGAAGAAGGGCCCGGAUGCCGAUGAACGACGCCAGGCCUCCAAAGAGACCCUUUUGCUGUGCAGACAGUGGGACCGGCUUAUGGAAAGGGAUGGGGUGCUCUAUCGUCGAGUAUGCCAACCUAGGGGAGAAGAGGUUCUCCAACUGGUUCUUCCAAUGUCACUCAAGAACAAGGUUCUGAAUCAGCUGCACCAAGAACAUGGACAUCAAGGUGUGGAACGAACCACUGAUUUGAUCCAUCAGCGGUGCUACUGGCCUGCAAUGCAUCAGGAUAUCAAGCAGUGGUGCCAGGAGUGUGAACAUUGUCAGGUAGCUAAAAAUACUCGACCUGCUGCAUGUUCCUACAUGGGCCAUCUGCUCGCUUCUCGCCCAAAUGAAAUUGUUGCAGUGGAUUUUACCAUGUUGGAGCCAUCUAAGAAUGGAAUGGAAAAUGUUCUUGUUAUGACGGAUGUCUUUUCCAAGUACACUCAGGCAGUCCCAACUUAUGACCAGAGAGCUUCUACAGUGGCCAAGGUGUUGAUUAACGAGUGGUUCUGUAAGUUUGGAGUACCAAGUCGUAUUCACUCGGACCAAGGAAGGAAUUUUGAGAGCAACCUCAUCCAACAGCUCUGCAGUAUGUGUGGCAUUCAGAAAAGCCACACAGCUCCAUACCAUCCAGCAGGUAAUGGCCAGUGUGAGAGGUUCAAUCGCACCCUGCACAACCUCCUGCGCAGCCUACCAGUCACAAAGAAAAGGGACUGGGCAUGCUAUCUGCCACAAGUAAUCUUCUCCUACAACACCACUUCACAUCAGUCGACCGGUGAGUCUCCAUUCUUCUUGAUGUUUGGUCAAGAUCCUCAAUUACCUGUUGAUUUCCUCCUGGGCAGAAUACAAGAACCUGUAUCUGGCAGUACCAACGACUGGAUAGUUGAACACCAGACCAGACUACGUCAUGCAUUUGAGGGGGCCACAAGGCAUCUGGAAGCCUCAGCUGCGCAGCGCAAGAAGCACUACGACAAGCGGGUGAGGGAAUCUCUCCUCAAAGAAGGUCAGUUGGUCUACAUCAAAAAUGUUGGAUUAAGAGGCCGCAACAAGAUCCAAGACAUAUGGAGCUUGGUAGUUUAAGAAGUACUCAGAGCCCCAGCAGAGAGUGGGUCAGUGUACACUGUUGCCCCUGUAAAUGACCCUCGUAAAGUUAAGCACAUCCACCGUUCGCUACUGAAGAGUAAGUUGGAUACUGUGAUUGACUACCCCCCUAGUGAGCCACCAGUGGAGAUGGAGCCCCUACCGCUCGAACAGCGUUCACAAGAGGGUGAAUGGUUUGUGCUGGUCCCUGGUGGUGCCGAUCCUGCACCAGUGGUCGUCCAACCACCUCUGCAGAAUCAUGCCGCUCUACCACCAAACCAGCCAGAAGCAACAGCUAGCAAUCAUCCAAGCAUCAGUGAGGAACCUCGGAGAAAGAC